CAGAGGCGGGGACAGCCGUAGUCAAGCAGACACCGCCCGGGAGAGCGAGAGGCAGGCCGGGGAGAGUUAGGCCGAAGAGACCGGGGACUGGAGCUGCCGGAGACACCGGGGGACCCAAACAGCACUUCACUAAAGUGCCCCUUUACCCAAGCACUACCCAGAGCAUCUGACCCAGUGCCCCAUUACCCCAGCACUACCCCCAGCAUCUGAACCAGUGCCCCAUUACCCCAGCACUACCCCCAGCAUCUGAACCAGUGCCCCAUUACCCCAGCACUACCCCCAGCAUCUGAACCAUUGCCCCAUUACCCCAGCGCUACCCUCAGCAUCUGAACCAGUGUCCCAUUACCCCAGCGCUACCCUCAGCAUCUGAACCAGUGCCCCAUUACCCCAGCGCUACCCUCAGCAUCUGACCCAAUGCCCCAUUACCCCAGCGCUACCUUCAGCAUCUGACCCAAUGCCCCAUUACCCCAGCGCUACCCUCAGCAUCUGACCCAAUGCCCCAUUACCCCAGCGCUACCCUCAGCAUAUGACCCCAGUGCCCUCUUACCCCAGCACUACCCCCAGCAUCUGACCCAGUGUCUCCUUACCCCAGCACUAUCAUAAGCAUCUGACCCCAAUGCCCCCUUAUACCUCCAGUAUCUUACACCAGCACUAACCCCAGUGCCCCCUUACCCCAGCACUACUCCAGGCAUCUGACUCCAGUACCCCCUUACCCCAGCAUCUGACCCCAGUGCCCCCUUAUCACAGCACUACACCCAGUGUCACCUUACCCCAGGACUACCCCUAGUGCCUCCUUAUCCCAGCACUACCCUUAGCAUCUGACCCCAGUAUUUUACACCAGCACUAACCCCAGCACUAACCCCAGCAUCUGACCCCAGUGCCCCCUUACCCUAGCACUACCCUUAGCAUCUGACCACAGUGCCCCUUUACCCCAGCACUACCCCAUCAUCUGACCCCAGUCCCCCCUUAACUUUACAAUACACCCCAGCAUCUGACCAAUUGGUGCCAGCUUUAACCCUUUGCACCUUCUUGAGUGCCUCAGUGACUACUGCAUUCCAUUAGUGCCCAGUAAAUCUCAGCCACCUUCUCGUUUCCCCCAGUUCCCCUAUAACUCACCAACGGUUUAACCUACUCACUGACUGAUACAUUGUGUCAUUCUCAUGGUCUCUUCCUAACUUUUUAAUACCCCUUUUCCCCUUAACUUCCAACUACCUUCCCCUGCAUUUCCCUAACCUUGCCCACUUCCUACCCCUGCACCCCCUGGCAUGGUAAUGUCUGCCUCCCGUACCCUGCAGCAAUGGUGUGCCCAGCAGUGUGAUGGUUACCCUGGUGUACACAUCGCUGACCUCAGCUCCUCAUUUCGAGAUGGGCUGGCAUUCUGUGCCCUCAUACAUCGUCACCGGCCAGACCUCAUAGAGUUUGAUUCCCUUUCCAAAGAAAAUGUCUUUGAGAAUAAUCGCCUGGCCUUUGAAGUGGCCGAACGUGAGCUGGGGAUUCCGGCUCUGCUCGAUCCCGAUGACAUGGUGUCUAUGAAAGUGCCGGACCGCCUGAGUAUCAUGACCUACGUGUCGCAGUAUUACCAUCAGUUCCGCAACUCCAGCCCAGCCGGAACUCCUCGCUUCAAGCAGUCAGCUACAGCCGAGUCUGCAACAAAAUCACCCAGUGAGGAUUCGUCUCCGCAGGGGAGUUUCGACUCCAAUGGCUCCUCAUCCCGCAUGACCCUGAGCAGCACCUGUGCCCUGUGCCAGCAGCAUGUACACCUGGUGCAGAGAUAUCUGGUGGAGGGAAAGCUCUAUCAUCGCCAGUGCUUCAGGUGCAAGGAAUGCUCCAGCACGCUUCUUCCAGGUUCCUACCGCCCGGGCACUGAAUCUGGCACCUUAGUAUGCACUCAUCACUGGCUAAGGACCAGCGCCACCAGCAGCCCUGAAUCUGGGGAGGAAAAUGUUGCCCAAAAAACAUCUCAACCCCCUCCCAAACCACGCACACCACCAAAGCCCCCACUUCCAAAUAAACCCCAGACUGCAUUGGACACAGAGACCACACCAAACUCCCGGCCGGUGCCAGCGCCAAGGAGAACCAGUGAUGUGGCACCUCAGCCUCUGCCACGUUCACGCCCUGCAGCAGAUCGAAGCCCAGCGAGACCAACAUCACUUCUAAAUGGGGAGCCAGUCACUCCUGCGCCACCAGUUCCCAAACCUAGGGCAAGGCCGGCAUCCUUAGAGAGGGAGGACACAGGAAGGAAGCAAAAAGACCCACCCUGGAUAUCCCUGGUCCCUGCAGCAGAAUCAAAACGAAGAGCUGCGCCUCUCCCUCCCACCGCGGAACCAAAGCAGGAAGAGGGAAUAGAAAAACCCAGCAGUUCUCAGGAGGAGACGGAGAGGCCCAGCCCCUCUGGAACACCCAAACCAUACAAUCCGUUUGAGGAUGAGGAGGAAGAAGAAAUAUCCGACAACAAUUGUCUGAAGCCGACUCAUCCGUGGUACGGGAUCACUCCAACCAGUAGUCCCAAGACUCGCAAACGGCCCGCCCCUAAAGCUCCCAGCGCUUCUCCAUUGGUUCGUCAUGUCGGCCUUGUGCCCUCCCGUCUCUCUCACUCGGAGCCCCCAUCCGGCAGCCCCUCUCCUGCUCUCAGCACUGAAAGUCUUCCUACAGAGGCCUCGAACAGAAGCCGUGAGUCUGAGAGUGUAGCCAAGAGCUCCUCAGAGCCCUCCAUUAACUCUCCUACCACACUCAGACCACAGAAUGUGCCACAUCCAGCAGAUCUUAGCCAAUCCGCUGAUGAAAGUCCAGCCCCAGCUAACCUAUCAGCCAACAACAGCCUCUCCUUCUCCAAUAACCUAGCCAAUGAGAGUGUGACUCAAGGGAGCCCAUCCCAUCAAAGAAGCUCCUCUUGCGGGAGCCUACGAGUUAGCCCAAGCCGACCAGCUCCUCAACCUCCGGUUACAUCCAGUCCUCAACAGAAACCUGAGGAAGAAAGUACGGUAUCUCCAGAGGCAAAACAGCCAGCAAAGUCUUCAUGCAAGGAAAAUCCCUUUAAUAGAAAACCCUCUCCUGUCACCUCCCCCAUUAACAACAAGACGACGAAAGGCCCCAAACCAGCCCGGCCCCCUGCACCAGGGCACGGCUUCCCUCUCAUCAAGCGCAAGGUUCAGGCAGAUGAUUACAUCCCAGAAGAUGAGAUUCAGAUAGAGAUGGAAAGCAUUGAGCUGCGUUUGGAUGAGCUGGAGAGGCGCGGGGUAGAGUUAGAGCACAGGCUACGCAGACUUGAGGAUGAAACGGAGGAGGAUUCGCUGCUUGUGGAUUGGUUCAAGCUUAUUCAGGAGAAGCACGCGCUGGUGCGCAGGGAUUCAGAGCUGGUGUACACGUCCAAGCAGCAAAGCCUAGAACAGCGUCAGGCUGAUGUAGAAUACGAACUCCGCUGCCUGCUUAACAAGCCGGAGAAAGACUGGCUAGAAGAGGACAAGGAGCGCGAGCAGGUUCUGAUGCAGGAAUUGGUGACUCUCAUUGAGCAAAGAAAUGCUAUUGUAAAAUGCCUGGAUGAGGACAGGCAGAGGGAGGAGGAGGAAGAUAAGAUGCUGGAAGCCAUGAUCCAGAGAAAAGAUUUUCACCAAGACCCUCAAAAGAAGAAGAAAGGGAAGUUUAAACCCUUGAAGGUCCUCAAAUUGCUCUCUCCCAAACAAGAGACGAAAGCCAAGGGCCAAAAGGAAAAAACUAGAGACCAGCAAGAGGGUACCAAGAGGUAGAUGAGGUCAGAAGAGGAUGCCAGGCGCUCUCUUCCUGCACAGUCUGCUGCCCUCUGGCAGUCGGAACUUCCCAGCAUCCCUGUGCGCUGUGAUGCCAUGCAGAGCUUGUUCCGAGGGAUAAUGGGGUUUAAUGCGAUUGCUAAAAAUCCGGUGCCAAUGGCUGUCUCAUGCUUUGUAAGCCUUUUGGUCAUCAAUCGGGGUAACCCCAUUCGCUACCUGCAGUCGUGACACUGACGUACUAGAGCAGAUGAGAACAGACCAUGGAAGGAACCAAACGGCUCCUCACUAGCUACUCCGCAGGAUAUGGGCUCUUCUGCGCAAAAUGAAUCUGGUCCACAUCUACUGAGCAAUGCUUAGUCACUGGUGGGAAAUACGUGUUACCAGGAAACUGGUUCUGUGUGUCUGACCCUGUGAUCGUUAGCAGGAAAGCUAAUUAAUGCUGCUUAUUUAUCUGUUUGUUUUAUUGUCAGACUUAUUUUUAUUGUCAUUCCUUCGUGCAAGUAUGUACAAAUGAUUUCACAGUAUUCGGUUGCUUGUGUCUGAGUAAUAUCACUUCUGCUUGGCUAAAUCAUUCUUAGAGACCAACACUAACUGAUUCAUAUAUUUUUUUUUCUUCUUGCUUUGCGCCCCCCUCCCCCGAUUUAAAAAAUAAAUAAAAUUAUAUAUAUAUUAGUUGGCUUUUAGGUGGGGUAAGAAACUUUUUUUAUAGUUAGGAUAUAUUAAAAAUAAAAGCCAAAAUAUAUAUAUAAUUUUUUUUUAUUUUUUAUUUACCUUUAUUUUAAAAGAGAGGGUAUUUUAAAGGGGGAAAAAACAAAUGGAUGUUAAAGUGCGGGGGGGGGGUCACUGUUUUUAUUCUUGUGCAAAUUGCCCUUUAUUUCCUGUUUUAUUUGUUUUAAAACAUUACUAUCCUUUUUAUACAUUAUUUGGUCCAUUUACUGAAAGGGACAUUAAACACUUUGAGAUGUUAUUAUAAAAUAUUUAAUUAUGUGUAAAAUACGCUUUAUUUAUUUUAUCCCCUUUUUCUGUAACUUUAAAUCUGAGAAAUGUCAGCUUUUCAGUUCCUAUUCAAAGUGGUAGUGCAGGCUUUAGACUUAGCACUGCUAUAUUCCUCACAAGCAUUAUUUGCACACUCUAGCGAUUCAUUUAUAACUGUCCGUGAUUGGCCUCAGCAGAGAAGGAAUCCUAUGUUAGAACAUGACAGUGCCCAUUGUGUUAAAUAAUAUAAUUAAAGGGACACUAAACCCAUUUUUUUUUUCCUUUAUUGAUUCAGACAGAGCUUGCGAUUUUAAGCAACUUUCUAAUUUACUCCUACUAUCAAUUUUUCUGUGUUCUCUUGCUAUCUUUAUUUAAAAAGCAGGAAUUAAAAGCUUAGGAGCCAGAGAUGGCACAUCAAUAGUCUAUCUUACUUGCCCCUAAAAUCUUUACAUGUGUAGCUGUGGAUCUGUAGAUCAGGGUGGUUAUCCUAUUGAAACCUUACGCUUACUAAUCUAUCUGUGUUAAGACUGUUCAUAGUUUGAAAUCACCUACUCUAAUGCAUUUAUAUUGAAAAUUGACUAUACGCUGACCUUAGAUAGAUAUAUUGGAUUAUAUCUCCCGUAUCUCUGUACCUUGUAAUGAGGUCCCGCAGCACCUGUUCCCCCCCAACUGCCUAAACCUGGAAAAUUUACGACAAUGGUUCCCCUAUCAAUAUAGUUAAUUAAUUGAAACAAAAUCUAAAGUACUGAGCCUACAAGAGGCCCACUAUACUUUUCCCUUCAUUCCCCUUUCUGACUAUUCAUAAUGAUCAGUGGUCUGAAAAUGGCCGAUACAGUUUCAUAAAAAGAACCAUCUAUUAGUAAGUCUGGACAUAUAAAGGGGGAAAAAUAGUAUCAAUUUAAGGGGUUCGUAUACGUUUUUCAGUGUAAGUUUAAUCAAUGGAUCUAAACCCUAGAAAAUAGAGAUUCCUUACUACAGAUCCAUAAGUGGUCUCCAUAUUUUCAGAAGGUACCUUCCCUGAUUAUGUUUAAGAUGUUAUAAGGGGCCCAAGAGUGGCCUUCUAGGUUUUACUGAAAGUACAGAGCUUCAUUGGCACUAACUUUGUCUGUUAUGACAUAUACUCACCCUCUAUUUAAACAAUAUAACUGUUAAUCAUCUGUCUUUAAAACCUUUCUUGACAUGUUUGCUUUGUUUGCCUUUUAAUGAAUCUCAUUAAAAAAUAAAAACGCUUAGGAGCCGGCCCAUUUUAGGUUCAGAACCCUGGAUAGCGCUUGCUUAUUGGUGGUUUGGUUACAUUUAGCAAACCAAUAAGCAAGCAUAACCCAGGUUCUCCCUCAAAAAUGGUCCGGUUCUUAAGCUUUACAUUUCUACUUUUUAAAUAAAGAUAGCAAGAGAACAAAGAAAAAUUAAUAUGAGUAAAUUAGAAAGUUGCUUAAAAUUGCUGCUUUAUCUAAAUCAUUGGUGUAUAUAUACAAAUAGUUAUAAGGCUAAUCUUUGAUUUGAACACAUUAUAUCAUCAUUUUUAAGUGUUUAAUGUCCUUUUAAGAAGUGGUUAACUCAAGUCUAGCACCUCUCAUCAUACGUUCCUGUAUCUACCAAGCUAGUGAGUCGCGAUCAGUAAACGGUUGUCCUUACUCUCCAAGAUAAUCUGUGCGUGUGCUUAUUUAAUUGCGCUAUAAUCCUGUGUGUGUGCCUUUAUGUAUUAGUCACCGUAUAGAUAGGGGACAUAAUUCCACGUGGUGGUAGCUCACUUUUAACUAUAAUCAAAACAAACGUGGGCACAAAUUAGCUUAUGGUGGACAGAGAGACAAGUUCCUAAAUUUUAGGAAAACCGUCUAGUACCCGAUAUAGCCAGCGCCACUUGUUUUGGAGGGUAAUGUUCACUUUAAUAUCCUAUUUUGACCCUUUUGUGGGAUUGAGGGGGGGACCUAAUUGUAUGGGAAUCUCGCUAGCGUGCUGGGGUUACACAGACACUAAUAGGCCAGAGCUUUAACCCUCACAUUUCCAGGCUGAGAGCUGCACGUAUUACGUCACUUUUCUUUCUUGCAAAGCUGCCUUCUUGUAACCUUUUGAUACCAGCAGAGCAUUUGCGGUGAAGGUAAAGGGGUAAGACACAGGUUACUUAUUACUGUAUAUUUAUGUAAAAUACUGUUAGUCUUGGCUUGUGGAAAACAGGCUGUGGGUAUCCAAUAAAAGUGUUAUUGACAGUUAUGGAGAAAAAUAAGAACAAAACUUUGUUUUUUUAAAUACAGUAGUAGAAAAUCUUUUUUUUUUUACUUCGAACAUUUUAUGCUGUAACGCUUCCUAAGUGUUGGACAUUAGUAGAUUUCGGUUAAAUAUGUUGACUUUUUUUGCUGUUAGAGAGUUAUGUACAAGUGACUUCUGGAACUGUUAAUGUGUAAAAAAAAAAAACUCACAUUACGCAAUUGUAGGAGACAAUUUUAUACUGUUGGAGCGAGGUAUCAUUUAUUUAUGUACACAGAGAAUAAAGCAGGGCGGAAAUGUACAUUUUGUAAGAGGAAGACCCUGCCCUUUAAAUGUUGUGUGUAGAAUGACAGGUGCCAAUCACAUAGCCUGCUGUUUUUGCAGCACUCUAGGCACUUGCAUAGAGAUGACUUAUGUCCUUGUGGUUUAAUCUUAUUAGUGCCAAAGAUGCUUGUCAUUCCAGGAGGGACAUUGUACUUCUAGACACUGUACUGUGUUAUUCAUAUGAAAGAGCAGGAUUUAAAUCUGCCAUUUUGUGCCUGAAAAGUAAAAGCUGUUUAGAUGAAAAGUUUAAAUUAAACUAAUAAAAUCAUCCCAGAUAAUGCGGGAUUGUCAUGGGCUGUCCAUGUCUCUGGCCAGGUCAAAUGUCUCAGUUUUAGGGAUUGCCCCAGCCCCGCCCACACCACAUUCUCUGUAUGGGCACACCCUGAAUUACCCCCUUGUCUUGGCCAAAAAAAAAACAGAGGUGGCUUACCGCCCACAAGUCCACUGGCCUGUGUGAUCCAGAAAGACUCAGGGGAUGUUGGGAGGUAUGUAGUUGUGCAAUCAGCCAAUGAGCAUUAGCAGGCCAAAUCCAUCGGCCAGUGAGCAUCAGCAGGCCAAACCCAUCGGCCAGUGAGCAUCAGCAGGCCAAACCCAUCGGCCAGUGAGCAUCAGCAGGCCAAACCCAUCGGCCAGUGAGCAUCAGCAGGCCAAACCCAUCGGCCAGUGAGCAUCAGCAGGCCAAACCCAUCGGCCAGUGAGCAUCAGCAGGCCAAACCCAUCGGCCAGUGAGCAUCAGCAGGCCAAACCCAUCGGCCAGUAAGCAUCAGCAGGCCAAACCCAUCGGCCAGUGAGCAUCAGCAGGCCAAACCCAUCGGCCAGUGAGCAUCAGCAGGCCAACCCAUUGGCCAGUGAGCAUCAGCAGGCCAAACCCAUUGGCCAGUGAGCAUCAGCACCAAACCCAUUGGCCAGUGAGCAUCAGCAGGCCAAACCCUUGGCCAGUGAGCAUCAGUAGGCCAAACCCAUCUGCUAGUGAGCAUCAGUAGGCCAAACCCAACAGUCAGUGAGCAUCAACAGGCCAAACCCAUCGGCCAGUGAGCAUCAGCAGGCUAAACCCAUUGGCCAGUGAGCAUCAGCAGGCAGUAACCGUCAGCCAGUGAGCAUUAGCAGGCAGAACCCGUCGGCAAGUGAGCAUUAGCAGGUGGAACUCUUUGGCCAGCGAGCAUCAGCGGGUGGUACCCGUCGGUGAGCAAGCAUUAGAAUGAAAAACCCAUCAUCCAAUGAGCAUUAGCGGGCAGUACCCAUCAUCCAGUGAGCAUUAGUGGGCGGUACCCAUCAUCCAGUGAGCAUUAGCGGGUGGUACCCAUUAUCCAGUGAGCAUUAGCGGGUGGUACCCAUUAUCCAGUGAGCAUUAGCGGGCGGUGCCCAUUAUCCAGUGAGCAUUAGUGGGCGGUACCCGUCGGCCAGCGAGCAUUUGCAUGGAACACACAAUAGAUACUGCUGUAUUAGUUUUAAUGUAAACAGCUUUUAUGUCAGAUUUAAAAAAAAAAAUGCUGUUUGUUCAAUUCAAUGACAGAAAUGUUUGAGUACACGGUCUCUUUAAAUGGCUUCUUUGUUACAGCUAAAAUAAGGUACAGUAUUUUGUUUUCUGAAAAAUAGAUGCUUCUGCACAAACUAACUUUUUCUGAUUGUGGAGUCACACGCUCUAUGCCAAUAUUGGGACUUGGCCUUACCAACCAGUGCAUACUGCAGUAUCAGGUGUGCAUAAACACGCAUUUCCUGUUCAUUUAAAAUAACAAUACUUGAUUAUUUCCACAUUCACAAAAAUAGUUUAACAUAUUUAGUUUCUGCUCUUUUCAAUACAUUAUAGAAAUGUUCAUUUUUAACCAGGACCUCUCCGCCCGCUGUAGACUUUAUUCUGUUCGACUGUUACUUCUGCUUGUUUGUGUUUAUUUUUAUAUGAAAUUAGAUUGCGCUGUUGUACUGUUAGAACAAAACUUUCUGUAUCAGAACAAAAUAAACCAACAGUAAGAUAA